UUCGCGCACGCGCCGCUCGGAGCCCGGGCGCCUUUGGGCGUCGCGCGCGCAGCGUCGGGGGCGCCCGCGGUUGCCGUGGCGACGCCGGCCAAGAUGGCGGCUGCGUCUUCGUCGGAUUCUGACGGCCGCCAAGCGGAGAGCAAGGAGGCCAGUUCGAAAUGGCUGGAUGCGCACUACGACCCCAAGGCCAACAUCCACACCUUCUCCUCCUGCCUGGCGCUGGCCGACCUGCACGGCGACGGGGAGUACAAGGCAAGUUCCAGCCCGCAGCGGAGACCCGGCUGGUGGUGGGGGACCUGGGCCCCCGGGGCCGGCAGCCCUCCCUGAAGGUGCUCAAGGGGCCCACAGUGCUGAGCGAGAACCCGCUGCCCGCGCUGCCCACGGCGGCCACCACCUUCCUCAUGGAGCAGCACGAGCCCCGCACGCCCGCGCUGGCCGUGGCCUCGGGCCCCUGCGUCUACGUGUACAAGAACCUCAGGCCUUACUUCAAGUUCACGCUGCCGCCGCUGCCCACCAACCCCCUGGAGCUGGACCUGUGGAACCAGGCCAAGGAGGACCGCAUCGACCCUCUGACCCUGAAGGAGAUGCUGGAGGGCAUCCGGGAGAAGGCGGAGGUACCUCUGUCGGUCCAGUCGCUCAGGUUCCUGCUGCUGCUGGACCUGAGCGAGAUGGAGGCGUUCGUGAACCAGCACAAGGCGCGGCCCAUCAAGCGCCAGACCGUCAUCACGGCCAUGACCACCCUGAAGAAGAGCCUGGCGGACGAGGACGCCAUAUCCUGCCUGGUGGUGGGCACUGAGAACAAGGAGCUGCUGGUGCUGGACCCCGAGGCCUUCACCAUCCUGAGCCAGAUGAGCCUGCCCAGCAUCCCCGUCUUCCUGGAGGCCUCCGGCCAGUUUGAUGUCGAGUUCCGGCUUGCCGCUGCCUGCCGCAAUGGGAACAUCUACAUCCUGCGAAGAGACUGCAAGCACCCCAAGUACUGCAUCGAGCUGAGUGCCCAGCCCGUGGGGCUCGUCCGUGUCCACAAGGUCCUGGUGGUGGGCAGCACCCAAGAGUGCCUGCACGGCUUCACCCACAAGGGGAAGAAGCUGUGGACGGCGCAGAUGCCCGCCGCCAUCCUGACCAUGAACCUGCUGGAGCAGCGCUCCCGGGGCCUGCAGGCCACCAUGGCCGGGCUGGCCAACGGCGAGGUCCGCAUCUACCACGACAAGGCGCUCGUCAACAUCAUCCGCGCCCCGGAUGCCGUGACCAGCCUUUGCUUCGGCCGCUACGGGCGGGAGGAUAACACUCUGGUCCUGACCACGAGAGGUGGUGGCCUGAUGAUCAAGAUCUUGAAGCGCACAGCGGUGUUCGCUGAGGGGAGCGGGGAGGCUGGCCCCCCACCGGCCCAAGCCAUGAGGCUCAGCGUGCCACGGAAGACACGGCUGUACGUGGACCAGACGCUGCGGGAGCGGGAGUCGGGCACGGCCAUGCACCGGGUCUUCCAGACUGACCUGUACCUGCUGCGCCUGCGGGCCGCCCGCUCCUACGUGCGCGCCCUCGAAUCCAGCCUGAGCCCCGUGUCGGCGGCCGCCCGGGAGCCGCUCAAGCUGCACGCGGUGGUGCAGGGCCUCGGCCCCACAUUCAGGCUCACGCUGCACCUGCAGAACACGUCUGCGGCCCGCGCCGUCCUGGGCCUGCUUGUGUGCUUCCUGUACAGCGAGGCGCUCUACAGGCUGCCCCGCGCCGUCUUCAAGGUCCCUUUGCUGGUGCCAGGGCUCAGCUACCCCCUGGAGACCUUUGUGGAAAGUCUCAGUGACAAGGGUGUCACCGAUGUCAUCAAGGUGCUGGUGCUCCGCGAGGGCCAGAGCACGCCCCUGCUCAGCGCCCACAUCAACAUGCCCGUGAGCGAGGGGCUGGCGGCCACCUGAGAGACGCGCCGGCUCCACCGCAGCUGCCGCAGCCCCAAGCCCCUCCCCACGCUGCAGUCCUGCGAACUCCCGGCGGCCCGGGCAUCCGUCAGAGCACUGGAGAUGCAGCUCCUUCCCGGGUAGAGCGGAAGGAGCACUCGGACUCGCGGCUGGCGGUCUCUCUGCGGUUGCCGGCGCGGCUGCAGUUCGCUCAGCUCGAGGGCGAAACCACGUUCUAGGCCGCCCACCCCCAGAGCCAAGCAAGGGGCUCCCGAUUGCAGCUGGGGAACCAGAACCAGGGGAGGCCACCUGCCCACUCAGCCCCGCAGGGCUCCAUCAAUGCCGGGGGGCUGCAGGGAGGCGGCAGCUGCUGUGGGGGUCCUGCCCAUAGAAGACCCCAGGAGGGCUGCACAGAGUGAGGGGAGGGCUGCUACAGCCUGGGGGUCACACAAGUGACAGACACCCCCCUUCCCACCCAGCUGCCAGUCAAGACUAGGGUUCAGAUCAGUCGCGUGGGUGCUGUUCUCUGGGCAGCGGUCGUCCUGAAAGAGUUGGCUGGAAAGGGCCAGGCACGAGUGCGGCGAGGCUGAGAGCCCGUGUCCGACCAGGGGCGCGGCACUGUCCUGAGGCAGGUGUGACCCCCGUGUGCUCUCGGGACCCCCAGCGCCCCCUGGGUCCAGGCUGCCCCUCUGGCCCAAUGGCAGUUCUGGUGGCCCAGUGGCGGAAGCGAGGAGCAGGAGCAGUGUCACCCCAUCAGCGUCCGGGGAACUGGGGCGCUUUGGCCAGGCCGAGGCCCUCGCCGACUGCCCAGAGCUUCGGGUCGCCGAGUCGGCAGAGUGACCUUGACGCACUUCCAUUUUCUAGGACUCCAUUAGGGUUUGACUUCGUUUCCCUCUGAUGGGCAGUUCCCCCCCACCCCCAUCUCACGGCCCCCCUUGCUCCGCCCCUGCUUCAGGGUGCCCUGUGUGCUCCCCAGAACCUCUCCUCGAGAUUGUCUUUGCUGCACGGGCUGAUUCCUGGACCCCACACCCUCCCCUGCUUCUUCCCGCCUCCCCUGAAGCUCCCCCUCAGAGGCCACUACACCCUGCCCGGGGCUGCGUGUGCUCUCGGCGGGAGCAUGGCGUGUGCGCACCGCGCAGGGGCUGGUGUGACAGUUUGGGCAAUAAACAGCCAAGUGGGAAGCCUCCACCUGAUUCCGCACACCUCACAGCGUCCCCUCCUUGCGGGCUGCGCCUCGUCCCUGAGCUUCUGCAGUGCGGGGACACCUGUCGUGUGCCACCAUCAUGCCGGGCUGUGGGGUGGAGACAGCCAUUCCUGACCAGGGGAUGGGUGCUGGAGUCCUUUCCCCUCGUUCCCCGUUCUCUUGAACUCUGGUUUAGCCCAGCCUGUUUUCAGAGGCUUUUAUCUUCACACCUUUUUCCAGAAUUGUAAAAUAUAUGUUACUUAAUAAUUUUUAGGGGGGGGGGGCUGGAGCAAUAGCACAGCGGGUAGGGCGUUUGCUUUGCAUGCGGCCGACCCGGGUUCUAAUCCCAGCAUCCCAUAUGGUCCCCUGAGCACCGCCAGGGGUAAUUCCUGAGUGCAGAGCCAGGAGUAACCCCUGUGCAUCGCUGGGUGUGACCCCCAAAAAAAUUUUUUUAGGGGGACUUGGGCCACUCCUGGCAGUGCUUGGGGAAACAUGUGGUGCUGGGGAUUGAAUCAGAGUCAGCCACAAGUAAGGCAAACACCUUAUUGUACUCUCUUGGACUCCACUGAAACACAAAACAGGAAAAAACAAAACCAUUUAAUUUUCAACUAUUUUUAUUAUCUUCAGUUUUCAUUGUGGUGUUUGUUUUUGUGCCACACCCAGCUGUGCUCAGGGCACCUUUGGGGGCAGAUCAAACUGGGGUCAGCCACAUCCAUGCAAAGCUAGUGUCCUACUCGCUGCACUAUCUCUCCAACUCCUGAACUGCACCUAUUUUUACACAUGGGAUCAAAUAAGAAAUCUCAUGAGAAAGUUCAAAAUAUUUUGGACUAAAUGAAAACACAACAUACUAAAGUUUGUAAUUUACCAUGAAGGCGAGAAGGAAAAUUUAUGGGCUGCAUAUAUUAGAGAAGAAAAAUCUAACAUCAGUUUGAAAGGGAAAUAAAAGCAAAUGCAAUUCCAGAAGAAGCAGAUGAAGAGUAAUAGGGGGCUGGCGCGAUAGAACAUUAAGUGAGGCGCUUGCUGUGAACGCAGCCAACCCACAUAUGGCCCCCCCCAAAGCCUGCCAGGAAUGAGGCCUGAGCCCUGAGCUCAGAGCCAAGAGUAAGCCCUGAGCACUGCUGGCUGAGGCCCUACAGCAAACAAAGUGUACAAUCUACUUGGAGGGUCAGAGCGUGCACAACAGGCUGGAGUAUUUACUUCCCUUGCGGGAGGCCUGGGUGGUCCUUGCCCUGGAUCCCUUUUUUUUUUUUUUUUUUUGCUUUUUGGGUCACACCCAGCGAUGCUCAGGGGUUACUCCUGGCUUUGCACUCAGGAAUUACUCCUGGCGGUGCUUGGGGGACCAUAUGGGAUGCCGGGGAUCUAACCCGGGUCGGCCGCGUGCAAGGCAAACGCCCUACCCGCUGUGCUAUCGCUCCGGCCCUGGAUCCUUGCCCUGCGUGGUCUCCAAGAACUGCUGGGACCAAACCUUGACCAGGUGUGACUCAAAAUUCUAAGCAAUUUGAAAAUAAAUUCUAAGAAUAACUUGA